AUGUGUUUUCUUCAAUCAUUUUCUCUGUUCAAUAGAUGUCACUUCAAUCAUUUCUAUCAAUCCUCAAUAGUAAUUGGUGAAUCAUUUGACGAGACCGAAGAAGAACCUUGGAUAGCUCAAAAAAAAAAAUUUUACUGUUCUAUGCCGAAGCGCGUUCACAGCGCGAGUGAUCGCGAUGAUGAUGUUGAACCAUCUGGUAAUCAAAGCGCACCAAAACGUAGUCGAAAAGCAAUUGAUGAUCGAGAAAUUAAUGAUCUUUGCCAAGAAUUAUACGAUGCUUUACGUGCUUAUAAAUCCGAAGAUGGCCGAAUUGUUUGUGAAACUUUUAUACGUUUACCAAGUAAAAGAACACAUUCAGAUUAUUAUACAUUAAUAAAACAACCAAUUGAUUUAAUUCGUAUUCAACAAAAAAUUCGUACUGAUGAAUAUCAAACAUUAGAACAAUUUAUUGAUGAUAUUGAAUUACUUUUAACAAAUGCAAAAACUUUCUAUCGAAAAAAUUCCAAUGAAUGUCGUGAUGCUAAUGAUCUAUCAAAAUAUUUCUAUUCGAAAAUCAAUGAUGAAAAUCCAAAUCAAAAACAAAUAGCAAAAAAAAUUAAUGAAAUAGACAAUGAAGAAAUCAUUGAAAAAAAACGACGUGGAAGUCGUCAAUCAAAUGGAAUUUUAACAAAUGGUACAACCAUAAAAAUUGAACGUGAAGAAGCAAAUAAUAAUAUUUCCAUUGAUUCAUAUUAUUUGGAAGAAUUUUUUACAGCUAUUUAUAAUGCAAAUAUAAAUGAACGUGUCAUGUCAGAAAUCUUUUUGUUUUUACCUUCACGAAAAUUGUAUCCAGAUUAUUAUUUAAUUGUAACCAAUCCAAUUGAUUUAAAAAUGAUAGCAACGAAAAUACAAAAAGAUCAAUAUUUAACAUUAGAUGAUAUGGAAAAUGAUUUAUUAUUAAUGGUUUCUAAUGCAAAAAAAUAUAACGAUCCAAAAUCACAAAUUUAUAAAGAUGCAUGUGCAUUACGAAAACUAAUAACAACAGUUCGACAUGAACUUGAAUUAGCUUUAAAAACAAAAAAUGAUCGAUUAAGAUUACGUAAACGUGAUGUACUUUUAUCAUCUGAAAUAGCAAAUAUGGAUUAUCCAGAAGAACCAGAUGA